GGAGGAAAUUGGAUGGGCAACGUAAGCGCUCCUCUUGAAUGGUGGAAUAGCAGAGGGAAAAAAACGACACACACACACACACACACACACUCACACACACACACUCACAGCAGGCUGACAGUAGUCAUCCAGCAGCCACUGAGACACGCAUACACGGACUGAGUCUGCUGAUGAAGCCACAAGAAGGACAUCAUUAUUAUUUUUUGGAGUAAAGGCAUUUUCGUCAUCAGGACUUUUAAUUUAACUACAGGCUUCGCGUCAUUAAGUGACGCGCGCGCAUUCCUCAGCAGGAUUUGCGCAUCUCCAAUUGCAUUUUGUUUGCUGCUCUCCACGAGAGCGUUGUUUUAAUUGUGCUGCAAGCAGAAUGCUCUCAUAGUCAUGCUCAAACGGCGACUGGCGAAGCAAUUCAUCUGAAAUUCUUGUUUUUCAAAAAAUGGAACAACCACUCUCCAAACCAGAAUGCAAAAACAUGGAUUCGUGUCUGAGGCGACUGAAACAAGAACUGCUGUGCAUGAAAGAAGCCGGAGAUGGGCUCCACGAACAGAUGAAUUCAAUGAUGGGAGCCCUUCAGGAACUCAAGCUCCUUCAGGUUCAGACAGCCCUAGAGAACAUUGACAUUUCAGGUCGGCCAAUAAACCGAGGACUACAACAUUCAGCUUCCCCUGAAGCCUCAGCUACAGCAUCUUCAACCUCAGGCAAGGAUUGUGGGCGCUGCUUUAUCCAAACUACGCCCGAGGACUCCAGCAUGAGUCCGAUGCCAAGUCCCUCAAUGGGAAGCAGAAACACCAUCAGCCGAGAUAACAGGAGUCUAUCUCGAAUCAGAAGCAGCCUGGGAACCUCGUCUUCCUCUGCAUCCAGCAUGGAGAGCGAGACUGAGGGAAGUGAACUAAGCGACCGAAACAUUCAAAGUGAGAAGGACCUUGAGUCCAUACCCGCCAAGAGGUGGUCAGGAUAUUCAGCCCCGCAGGUGGAUUUCUACGGACCAAUGGUGGGGAACCCUCCACCGGAGCCCUAUGCUCAGCCACAGGCUCCCCCUCGUGCCCAGGCAGUGGACCUGCCUGGGAUCCUGUACAGCCUGUCCAGAGAAGGCCCUUCAUUGGACAGCGAAUACUCCCAGGACAGCACAGACGACGCCAGUGACUGGACUUCUUCACUCAUGAGUCGCAGCCGCAACCGCCAGCCCUUAGUGCUGGGCGACAACGUCUUCGCAGACCUUGUGGGCAACUGGCUUGACCUGCCGGAGGUGGAGAGGGAAGAGGGUGAAGAAGAGGAAGAAGAAGAAAGGAGGAAGAUGAGGGAAGGGAGUAUAGCAGACGGAGCAGUGGACAGGCCGGACACUCCAGCUCACCCUCUACGCAUCAGCCGCUCACAAGAGAUCUGCAGGAAGUUCUCUUUAACCACAAACAUCUUCAAGAAGUUCCUGCGCAGCGUCCGGCCCGACAGGGACAAGCUGCUCAAGGAGAGGCCAGGCUGGAUGGCUCCUGAGAUGUCAGAGGGCGACCUCUUCAAAAGGCCAAAGAAAGUGGCUCCCAAAAGUUCAAAAGGCAGCUUCUAUCUGCCCUUCUGGGCAAAUGGACAGCAAGGCAAAGGCAGGCCGUGUGUUAAUCUAGCUGAAGCAGAGAGAAACCACCAACACAAUUUUCCCCAAGUCCACCAGCAGCCAUUUGCUGGGAUUUAUUUAGACAGGAGACAGCCAGAGACUGGUCUAGAGAAAAUGCAGCCCUUGUUUGACUACAACACAGCUGUGUGGGUCUGACAGUGAGUCUCUGGCCUACAGACUGUCAGUGAUGCCAAACUGAGUGAGCAACAGGUGCUUUGGGGGUUUUGGGCGGUGCUGGAGUGGGAAUGAAUGAAUGACUGAACAAGAGGCUUGGCCACAGUUAUCUUCCAAAAAUGAACGGAUGAAAUCUUCACCCAGAACAACAUUGUCAGGGCAACAUUUUGUCUGACAAUCCAAAAAAACUAAACCUUGUUUGCUGUGUGUGCGUCCAAGUGUGUGGGUGUGUGCUCCAGAGUGUGCGACAGCUUUAAAGAGAGACUUUUUUUCACUUACGCUGCAAGUUUUGUAUUAUUCCAAUUUAUGGUUAUUUGUGAGUGCAUGUAUGACUGGGUUUUCCUUAUAAUUUAAAAGACGGUACACUAAAAUGGACAUCUUUCUCAGAAUGUCACCAUUACUACAGAUUUCCAUUUAAUAAUCCAUAGACGUUUUUACUGCUAAUGCUAAGGGAAUCUGUCUAUCUAUAUCAUACUUCUUUGGAUCUAUGAAUAGAAACACCAACUGUUAGAUUGCAUGGUUACAGUUUUUAUAAGUGAUGCUUCAACAGCUGUUACUGAACGCACUGCCACUGAACUCGGUCAUAAGCUCACUUUUGUUUCCAGCAGGCCUUGAGUGACUUGGAAACUCAGGUUUAACUGAACGCAUCCUCAUUCACCUUGCUCAGGGUAUGAAUGUUACACAGGAGUGUACUACAAGACACCGCUUAAUGUAUUUACAGUACAGUUAAGAGAAGUCUCAUCUUGCCUAAAAAGACGUAACAGCAAUACAGUGCAUGACUCGUUCCAAUACUGCACAUUCAGCUUUGAGACUCCUCCCUCGUUAUCAGCUAGGUUGUGGUCAUGUUAGAAAUAGGGCCGGGCGAUAUUAGGAAAAUCUUAGAAUAGGAUAUCAUUGAUCAAAUACCUCAAUAUCCUGAUUAUAUUGUUGUGUUGACUUUCGAUGCUGUCACACAUCAUCAUUAAUGUGACUAUAAUGACUGAAUGGUUAUUUUACUGUAACACAAUCUUCAAAUUCAGGAUAAGGCAACUCUUGUGAUAAUACCAUAAGCAACAUUUAAGAUGAUAACUAGUAUGACAAUACGAAAAUGAUAAACUAUCAAUAAAUUGCUCAGCCCUAUUUAGAAAUGCUAGUUUCUCCUCUGCUGCGUAGACAUGGCACAUGUUCAGUCAACUGUCAGAGAGAGGAGGGGGUUAAGAUGGCAGAGCCAACAUGGAGAACCGACUGACUGACUGACUGACUGCCAUCUGGUACCCAGUCGUUAUGUAAAGCUUGUUCGCCACGGCCUCCAAGAAGAUUCAAACACGGCCUGUUUAAUCCCAAAGCUGUGAGGAUGAACUGAGUUUUGACAACAGUGUUAUAAACUGUAUAUAUACACACAGGUGAAUAAUUAAUAGGACUGUCACAGGGAUGAGACAGUUAAAAAGACCUGUAAAGACCUGUAAUCUCCAUCACACAGGAUCAAUGUACAGAGCAUUGUACAUAUUUUUCAUCAACCAAGCAGCAGCAAUAACAAACAUUUAAUGUAAUAUUCCCAUUGCAUGGUUAUCAUUAUUCUGUAUAUCACAGGAAGGUUACAUUAAACAACCGUACUUCAACCACAAACUCAUGAGUAAAUGUCGCAGUAUCUAUUCUCUAGUAUAAUCAUAAACUGACUCAGUGUUUUUGAUUUCAAGCAGCCUCAUAACAGUUUAAAACAAACUAAAGCUUCCUUCACAAUUUCACUGAAACUUCAGGAUUCCCUCAGGAUAAUGGAUGGCACUGCCCGCUCUGAAGUUAAAUACAUUGUUUUUAGAGGACUACUGUUAUGCAAGGACAAUCUGAUGCUCUAAUAUAUCAUUAUGUAAAAAAUCUGUUAAUUUCACUCAGAUUAAAUAGGAUCCCAGACCAAUCAAGUUAGCCAGCAGGGAUUAGGCCUGAGGUCUUUUGAGUGUCUUGGCCAUUUGAUCCAUAUGGUGUUGUCUCAGUAUUCAGGUCAAUACACACACAACUGUACAUUCAGAGGGUCCAACUCACACAGUUGGUUUCUGCUGAGAAGUGUGAGAUGUCAUAUUACACAGUAUGUGUAUGUAAGGGUUACAUUUAUUACUUUCUAUUUACAGUUGUCUAAGUGUCAUUUUCAGCACUGUUGUGGAUAUUUUUCAUCAGGGUUCUGCGAACCUUCAGUAGUGAUUUUGUGUCAUGUGCACUGUAAAACUGUCACUGACUUUUUGUUAAUUAAAUCUGAUUUCAGAAAGAAUUGUUUUCUGCGUCUUAA